CUGCGCCUGCUUCCUAUCGCUGCCUGAAAGAGUUGAACGUAUAAAGAAGCAUCAUAUUCGUGAGCACACUAAACAUCACCACAGCAUCCUAACCACGCAUUUCUGCUACCGUCGCAUUACGAAAACCAUGUUCACCCCCGGUACUUGCAUCGCAAAAGCCACGCCUCCAGCUUUGUCAGGUGGCAUCACAGGUCAGGCGGUCAAUUUAAAUGUCAUCCCCGAAGACAUCCAUCACCUCAUCAUAACUGAAGUUGCGGGAACAUCUCCCACGGACGUAUUGAAUGUGGCACAUUCAUCAGUCACAUUGCGCGAUGCAGCAUUGCCAUUCAUAUACAGGAAUGUCACUCUGACUAGAGGACUGAAGAAGAGCGAGGAACAAAAAAGAUACCAGGCGCUUGUGGAGACUUUCCGCGAAGAUGAACACGGGCAUAUCGCGAAGCACGUUCGCAGCAUCACAGUCACGAACGACGUGCCUUCGGACGACUUGAUUAUGAUGCUCAACAAAGUUGCGCAGCACGGAAAUUUCCAAUCGCUAAAUUGGAAGACUUCUGCACACAUGUCUCGCGCAGUAUACGACAUGAUUCACGCGACUUGGCCGCAGCUCGAGCUCCGUGUUGUUACCGUGGACCGACAGAACGCGAAGAAUAGUUCUCAUCGACAGAUGGACAUGAGACUCCUAUCGUCCCCUCUACUUACCGAGCUCACGUACGUGGUUUACACCGAGGGCAGCCGUGUUCGAGAGCUCUGGCGCUCUGACUGGCCCCGGCUUUCUCAGGCUUUGGCGGCCGGCGGCAACGUACGAUCUCUUCGGCUACAGAACAGACAAGACUUCGAUGGCUAUGAUGGGCCAAAGAUCGUACCUGAUACUGAACCGAGAAAGUUGCCGCGCCUCGAUCUCGCGUCCGGUUUGCGCUUGCCCCGACUUGAAGAGCUUACGAUCGAAGACGUAAGACACUAUGGAGACUCGAUUUAUCUAUGGGACGACGAUUAUUGCCGCAUGUUUCUUGAUUCUAUCGACCCUUCGCGUCUGCGCAAACUUGACUUUGGAAUCGACAACCCCACAAAUUUCUUCAAGAACUUUGCGGGACUUUUUCCAAAGCUCAAGACGUUGAGUUUUGGAUUGCUAGGGCGCGAGGGGACUCAACAGCCAGCAAGGAUGUUUCUUGAGUCACUUGAUGCGCUUGAGCAUCUUGACGUGUCUCAUUCACAGUAUUGCAUCGAUGAUCUUUGGCCUGCGAUUGAAAAGCAUCGGAAUUCACUAAAGACACUGAUCCUUGGACCUACGUCUGGGCAUUACAGCGGCUUCAAGUAUAUGGGCUUGAGCCUACUCGAGACGAUCGCUUCUACGUUUCCAAACCUCGAGCGACUGGGAUGGCACGCUGAAUGCGAUACCAACAUUGAUGAAAAGGACCUUGAAGUUCUUUCGAGCAUGAAGCUCACGAAGCUCGAUCUCUACCUCCACAUCCCUGGCAAGGCAACAGACUACUGCGACCAACUGAUAGCUGGCCCUAUGGGAACCGCCCAUACUCCACCGCUUGAGAAGGAGCGCUCUGUGGCCGCUGCAAUGAAAAUUGCCGAAGCUGUCUCGGGAUCACGGCAAGAUGCGCUGCAGUGGCUCACGCUUCAUCUUUCCAGAAUGACAUAUGGAGAUCGUGCCGACCGAAUAGAAGUAUUUUCGAGGUUUCAAAUCAGACGGACCGGUUACUCCAGUCGAGUGCGCGGACAUGAAUGGGAUGUGCGUGGUAAGAUGGACUGGUAUGGACUUCCUUCGCUGGAGGAAGAUCUGCUGUUUGAGGAAGAAGGAGCAACGGUGGUUAGAAAAGCGCAUCAUGCAGAUUCACCUCGGCUUUAAGACCCUGACCCCACUUAAGCGGCAACUACCCAAGUCGGCUACACAAUGUCUCGUCAACAAACGUCAUGCAAUAACAUAUGAGCUCA